AUGUUAAAUCAAUAUAAUAAACAUGCAACUGUUUCCGAUCCUCAUGUUAAUGGUAUAAAAACUCAUAUUCAAGUGCAACAAUCUGAAGAACCAAUAAAAUAUAAUGUUCAGCAAACACUGACUGAUUGGAAACAUCAGGCGGAACAAAAAAGUUCUCAAUUAGUGGAUGAUGAUUUAAAAAACGUUACCGAAAUCAAAGCUAGUGCGCAAAAAGAAGUCGAACAAACUACAGAAGCUGAUACUCAAUUGGCUGCUAGUGCGUCGAAGAAAACAGAUGAAAAGAAAGAUCCUACUGCAAAUACCAUCAUCGGCACAGCUAUUCAUGCGAAAGAUGUUACAGUUGAAAAAGUUCAAGAACUUCGACAUAGUGUGGUUGAAACUGUACAAAGAGUUCCAGAAGUUGCAGUUAAUGCAGCUAGUCUUGUUGGUGAAAAAAUCACUGCUGCUGGACAUUGGGCCGCUGGAAAAGCUACUGAAGUUCGUUCAGCUACUUAUCAUUCAGCUCAAGAAGCUAUUCAUAGUCUUACUGGAUUAGCAGGUCAAGUUACAGCAAAAGCCGAAGAAGCGGUCGAUCAAGCCAUAGAGAAAGGCAGACGAAAAAGCGCUGAAUGGAAACAACAAUUAUUAGAUAAAGUCGAUGAAGCAAAAGAUAAAGCAAAUGUCUUAGCGUCUGAUAUUAAAAAUAAAGAGCACGAAGUCAAACAAGAUUCUCAACAUGAAGGUACACCUAAAGGCGAAGUGUAUUCAUCAGCAUCGUAUGACUUUUAUGCACCUCAUUAA